AUGGCGAGCGCAGAAUUGCAUUCGGAAGCCGAAGCUGAGAUGAACGACGAGUCGGAACGUAUUAAUGAAGACUUACCAGAGACGGACGGUUGGGAAGACUACAGGAGUUAUGAGCAAAAUAACGCGCGUAAGAAGAGACAACGGGAGACGGAUGAAGAAGAAUCGUGGACAGUGUAUUCAAAGAAUAAAAAACGAAAUCGUAGACGAGUGUCGAAGGAAGAAGAAGAAGAAAAAGAUAAAAUUGAAGUAUGUAUAACUUGUAAAGAUAAAAUUCCCAAAAAAAUAGAAUUAGCGAGAUGCCUUAAAGAAGAAAAUAUUACCAAUAUAUAUAAAGUCAAAUAUGUCUCACCUUACAAAAUUUUUGUAUUAUUUGAAGAUGAAAACAGUGCUGAAAAAUUAGUCACAUCAAAGGUAUUUCAAGAGAAGGGUUGGAAAUGUUAUAAAUCGCAGGAGGUUUCUCUGUCAUACGGCACCAUAAGAGAUAUUGAAGUGGAUGUUGAUAUAAAAGAUAUACAAACUAGUAUUACGUCCGACAUAGAAGUGGUCUCGAUUAAAAGGCUGUUCCGAAGAGAAAGUGAAACAUCUGAUUGGGCUGAAAGUGAAACUAUACGUCUUGGAUUUAAAGGUUCCUCCUUACCACCAUAUAUCUAUAUAUAUGGCAUGAAAGUGAGGGUCGAACGCUACAUAUUUCAAGUCACGCAGUGUGGUAAGUGUUGGAGAUAUGGACACACUAAAAAAUUCUGUCCGUCAAAAAAAAUAGUCUGCCCUAAAUGUACCGGCAAUCAUGAUAACUGUGAGACUACCCAUUUUAAGUGUGUGAACUGCUUGGGGAGACAUACAGCAUUUUUGCGGACCUGUCCUGUGUAUUGUAAAGAAAGACGUAUAAGAGAGUUAAUGGCCGAGUUCAAUUGUACUUAUAAACGAGCAAGUACUAUUUAUGUACCCCCUUCCUCAGUGCCAUCCAAAAUAUCCAUAGACGAGGAUAAUUUUCCUGCAUUUACGACCCGAGAGGAACCAACCAAGCAACAAGAGACAAACCAACCGAAACAAAAUUCCAAAACAUAUGCAGAAGCUACGAAACCCACUCCAGGACCUAACAAAUCCUCGAAAUCUAAUAGGCAUAAAAGUGACAAAACCAAUGCAAACACCGAAUCGCGACAAAAGAAAAGAUAUCAGCCACGUAACACCAUGGAUUGGGAUAUGUCUUCAGAUUCAGAGAUAUAUACCCAAGAGAUGCCCCACACAGCAAAUGCUACACAAGGAGAUAGUCGCUCUAAUAACAAAAGGAAUGACCCGUCGCGAUCAUUUAAGCUAUUAGUAGAAAAAUUAAGAGACAUCAUAUUUAUGCGCAAUGUGACAUUGAAAGACAAAAUGAUGCAGGCUUGUGAAGUAAUAUGGGAAUGGACGGUUACAUGGUUCAAGGAUAUAAUUUCGGAAUUACCAAUACUAAAGAAUAUCUUCGCCUAUGGGUAG